GCAGCGCGGUUACGGAAGUCACGUCCAUGGUAAUCAUGGAGGAUUCCGCUGCUGUGGCCGAAAACAAUAAAAUGUGAAAAUUAGCGAUUCUGCUCUAUCAAUACGUUAUUUUUUCCAAGAUAAAAGCUUAUUUAUAUUACGAACAUAAACACGUCUUCUGUGUAGCGAUUGGAGUAGAUUUCUACAAAAAGAUGUUUACAGAUGAAACGCUUGAUUUAGUUGGCGCUGAAUCGACUUGGAGAAAAUCGCACCAAGAAACACAAGAAUCGAGAAGCUGUCAAACGAUUCCACUUCACACAACAGAGGCUGAAACACAAUCCAAAGAUGUUUCAGACAACGGCACCCAAACCGACACGCAGGACCAGAUCAUCCAAACACUUUCCUUAGAACGAGAUCCGUCAGACUUUCCCGGUUUGCUGGACUUCUUGCGUGGAGUUGAAGACCUGGUGAUCCUAGAGCUGGUUAAAAACUCUAAGAGUCAUGCAUUUGAUGGGUUUGAAGUCAAUUGGGAAGAUCAAAAUAAGACGGUGUCAUGUACGUACCGUCUUCAGCAUCCUAAAGCUCAUGAAAGACAUCUGCAGGUCACCAGUGUCUCCUGGAACUGCACUGGCUCAGUUGUAGCCUGUGGAUUUGGCCGUAUGGACGAUGGUGACUGGAGCAAUGAAAAGUCUUAUGUGUCCACAUGGAACCUGGACCGUCAGAAUGUGAACACAAAGCUGCCGGAUGUGGACAUAGAUGUAUCUACACCUGUCAUGUGUUUGUGUUUUCAUCCUCUGCUACCAUCUGUAGUUGCUGGAGGGCUGUACAGUGGCGAGGUGGUGGUCUGGGACACAAGUCGUACACAGGACCCUAUUUUGGCUCAGACUGGGAUGUCUGCAGACACCCACCGUGAACCGGUUUAUCAAGUAAACUGGGUCCUAGGACCUCGCAGAGGUGAAUAUAUGGUGCUGAGCGCUGGAUCUGGAGGGAGAGUUUUAUUAUGGACUGUGGAUGGAGCUAAAGCCAAACUUAUCUUAAGUUCUGGAUAUGCACUUAUACAACAGCAGUUACCCCAGAGUGGAGCAGUAAGCAAGACCAGAGGCAGCACCACCAUAGGAGUGACCUCUCUUGCCCUUUCUCCGUGGGACUUGGACACAUUUUUAGUGGGCUCCGAAGGAGGCUUGGUGCUCAAAUGCUCCUUCAGCAGCGAGGUGGUGGCAACGGUGCCACCUGAUGGUGAGAGCGUGACACUGCGGGCACCGAUGCAGUUCUCUUUCUCACCACGAGGGGGCCCCAUACACUCGGUUCACUUUUCACCCUUUCAUAGGAAUCUUUUCAUCAGUGUCGGGACCGAUGGUAUGGCUCAUCUCCAUAGUGUGCUUCAGCCCCACCCCCUUACGUCUCUACGGGUAUCAGAUUCAUAUGGGUUUGGGGUGAGGUGGUCACCGACACGCCCUUUAGUCUUUGCUACUGUCACAGGACAAGGUUUGGUACAAAUGUUUGAUUUGGGUCGAAGGUCCUCAAGGUCAGUUGCCACAAUUGACCAAAACACAGGAGGUCAAGCGUCUUACUGCCUGGAGUUCAACCCCAAACAUACAAACCUGAUGGCAGUGGGCAAUGCAGAUGGCAGUGUCAACAUCUGGCAUCUCAGUGCAGAGUUAACAGAACAAGGUGCCAAAGAGACGGCAAUGCUGGACCAGCUGGCCAAUCAAGUGGCUGACUGAGAUCGUUGGUUUCAUUUCCUUAAAAUACACACAAUUUGUGUUUCAUGUAUUUAAUAUUGUUUGUAUAAUACUGUUUAUACUUAAAAUAAAUACAAGAUGAGAAUUA